GUCACCAAGGAACAAAUGCUUACCACUGUGCUGAAGGCCACCGAACAGCCGAAAUUCUUGGGGCUCCAUUCUUGCAGGAACGCGCUACAGUUCUCUGUGUACACUGCCGUGACCGACUGUCUGCCGCAUCUACAGCUGGGCGCAAGAUUGCUUACGAUGAUAUUUCAGUCGGUGGUACGGAUGUUUUGAAGAACUGAAUAUCUGGCAACGGUGGCGCCUAAACCUGUGCAUCUAUCACUUCUUGGCCCACCAACUUCGUGUUACUCCCCCUUGUUUUUUGCCAGCCCUUUUGUCGCUGAAAUCCGGUGCGACUUUGCCUGAGAACGGGUGCAAGCUUCUCAUGCUAGCAGUUGUUCUUGACAGGAUUAAGCCGGGAUCCUUGCAUUUGGGCUCACAGCCACUGCUGCUCUAAAGGCUUCAAUGCAAGUUAGAAGAUAAGGGGAUUCAGGACCUCACCCUUACGAUACUCGAUCAAGUCUGGUUUUCAUGGUGUCUAAAGCAUGAAAGGCGCUCGUGCAGUAUGUACGUUUGCGCGCGUUAAGGAAGGCUGAGCACGAGUAAAUCCGUGGAAUAUGUCCGCUGUUUUCGUGUGUAAAAAUUCCCCGGCAUAUCUCAGUGCACAUCAAGUUUCCCUAGCCGCCUCUUCUUUCACGCAUCACCUCAUACGUGCGAGCGUGAAAUGUCUCUUGUCGGGUAACUUGUGCCCUGUGUUACUUCGUUUGCCCUGCGUGGCACCUUCUGAUUGUUUUUUGUCUACGGUUUUCUAGCAGGCAGGACGAACCCCUUGGGGUGAAGUUGCACGUGACGAGGAGGCGUUUUAGGCCAUUUCCUCUUCCCCCCCGCGGUGCUGCACAAGAUGAGUUGCUUCGCGCCGGGUGCCUUGUGUGGCUGUUGCUGCGAGCUCUGCCGUCCAGUAAGGUGUGUCAUUGAUCAGCACGAAGUGGAAAUUAUUCCUGCAACGUAUCGCUCUUCGUCCUCAGUAUCAUCAGUCACUCAUGGUCUCGAUGGAAGCGAUGCGGGGAGCUUGCCGAGUACCUACCGCAGCUCUUGCGCCCGGUCAUCGCACCGAAGCCAGACUGAUGAUGCGCCCACCUCCCGGAGCACAGCUGUCAGUAGUCACGGGCACCGGACUGCUUCUCACGGCGGCUACCGUCGACGCGACUCGCCCGACCACCCUCGCAUGCAGAGAGGCGGGAAAGCAGCAGCACAUGCAGAGCGGAAGCUUCGGGGCGGGAGUGGGACCGUAAAAAUUGGCCACUUUUCUCCAAAUGCAUUUCCACAUGGCCACAUUGCCUCGUCGACUGACCAUCAUGCAGCGUCCAAAGAUCUUCUCGGCAGUAACAAACCUUUUCUUCUGUUUGAGGAUACUCCGAAGCAUGCCGCAAGUCUUCCGUCACCUUCCCCUCUAACCGUUGAGCAGCUACACCGGAAACCUGCAGAUCAGGCGAAGGAUCCUCUGGUCCGCCAUCAGCCAAUAGGACCCUCUCAAGAUGAAGGGACUGUGAAACGCUCGGACUGGAAAAUCUGCAGUGGAAGCAAGGAUGCGUCGUUUCCAGCCUCUCACACUUCUGACAGACUACCCCGCAUGCAGGUGGUGCCUUCUCUCAACCUUCAAAUGCUGUAUCAGCGCAGAGCCGGACUGGCUCCUCAGUCGGGCACACCUGCGGCGAAUGGACCCUUUCUUUCUGGCCCUAGCCGUGGUGAUGCCGCCGAUGAUUUGAAAGAUGAUUCAGGGGCUCCGUCCGUCGUACCUCGAGAGGUCUCCCCUGCUGCAGAAGUCUUGAUCCGUGCCUCACGCCCAGGACAAAUCUCUCUAUCAACUGCGGUAGCUACACCGUCGACAGUGGCGAAGGAAGAAACACUGUCCCUGGGAAGGGAUCAGGGUGGUCACACCGCCGACCGUCUGGGAUCAACCUGCGUGGAUCCGGAGGCUGAGGGGACAGACUGUUUCCGUCCGCAUUCUGUCUUGACUCCUGAUAGUAACCAAUCGAGAAUGACAUCAACUAUGCUUGCCUCCUCUCGUCUUGUGCCCGUCUCCAGAUCUGCGCGGAGGACGAUGGUGGUCCACCCGGAGGUUUCGUCUGGCCACCGCUCUUCUCACGGAGGCCGAUCUGAAGACGUUUCAACAAAAAUUUCAAUCUCUCAACACACACCAAGAAAAUAUUCUCCCGUUUCUAGCGGACGAGUCGUCGGAGAACUCGCGUCGGCAGAGAAAAACGGUGAAACUCAUAUGCCCAAGGAAGAGAUGACGGAUAGGAGUGCUGUUUUCGUGCCGAAGUAUUCCGGUGCCACUGGUAUGAUUGAACAGUCUGCUGCGGAACACAUCGAGCGCCUGGAUCGGCAACAUGAUACUUUUUCUCAGGCGUCUCAGCGUGAACACUCGAGUUGUCAGCUGUUUAACCAGCAGCGGACACUCCCGAUUAACGAACACUGUGGCAGUGUGCUACAUCGUCUUCACCCGGUGGAGGAGCAGCCUGACGUGGCUGGCCUCUCUGGACAGAGCCUGUCCAGGCGGUUUUCUCGAACGGUAUCCGUCUCGUCGGAUUCUCUCGAGAGCAGUCAGAGCAUGAGCAGCAGACGAAGCACCAGCGUGUGCAGCUCGCUGGGGUUGCGAUUUGAGGAAUUGAGCUUGAGAGGCAGCUUCUCUUCUAGAUCUUCCAUACUCUCUCGUGGAGCCUUUUCUCUAAUUGCGGAGAGCGGUGACGCCGUAGGACAACCGCAGACGAGCUUGUGGCGAAGCAGCCAGGCUGCGACAGGAAAUCUGGAUCCCUCUCUGCCUCGCAUCACACACGAAAGACUCUCCCCCCUUCUCGAAUGCGGUUCCUCGGUUCAGGUGCUCCAGCAUUUGGAGCGAGAACAUGCACCAGGGAUUGCAGUUCUCCGGUCGCGGCUCGCUCCGGCUUCUGCAGCUACGGCACAUAGGCGAUUCGUGCUGCAAUCUUCUGCGCCUGCUGUGCCUCUGAUUACUCGUUCCGAAAAAAAACUUAUAGAUCUGCAACACGAGAGGAAACCAGGGGUCCUCUCGACCGGUGGACGCCGAACUUCACGGUCGCGCCGUGAUUCGAGAAGAUCCUCCUCUCCUCCUCCGUUGCUUAGGACUCCCACAAAGAUUGCUGCCGCAGGUGACAGUGAAAGCAAUCUGAAGGCUGCCACCGCCGUGGCAGCUAGAGUCGGUGGCGACGUUCGCUAUGCGUCAGCGAGAGCUGGCUUUCGAAGACACUGCAGUGAUAUGGAAACGCCCAUCAUUUUAAGCGAUACAGAGCGCGACGGGGCAGUAUCAGACGAUCAACGCCCACAGAUGGACUCCGUCUUUCAGUCAUUUCUGCCGCAACGACUUCGGAAACAACGGGUGGGAAGUGUCGCGUCCGCAAGGAAGCCGACGUCAAGCAGGGGAAAAACGCCUGCUCCCUCGGAGGCGGAUGUUCCAACUCAAAAAUCAAAAAACACCCGAGAACCAGGUCCUACGUUGGAUGGCGCUCAACUCAGUGCUGGUGCGCGUCUGGUUUUCUGGACGAGCAGUCGCUCACAGUGCGACGGCCGUGCUUCAUGAAGGCAGAACCACAUGCUGAUGCUUCAAGCUGGAAGCAGAAAACCCCGAAAAGAGGGGGAGGAGCACGAAUAUGCAAGCACUGUUCAACAGGUGCCACAUGGGCACCUCUUGUUGCAGCUCCGUUUCUCGUUGUAGAUGUCUCCUUCUGCCUUCAGUGAGAAUCACUGCGCGGCCCAGAGCCGAGACCUGUGUUGAAGGUCGCUACAGUGUCAGGCGAGUUAAUGAAACAGCAACUGUCUCCGUAGAGCCGCUGUUUUCUGUAUUCCCAUUGUGUAGACCACACUGGAGCAUUCACUGUGCGUUGCAACGAGGUCAGUCACAGCAACCCCCUGCGUUUCAUAUUCUUUGCUGUCACCCAACGUGACACAAGUCGCAGUGUUGCAGCUUUUUUUCGUGGAUAAAAUGCUUGAAUCCUUUGCGUUGCUUCUCCGGAUCUAUGGCAAGACCUCAACGGAUAGCGAUUAUCUGCUCGUCUAAUAAAUAGGAAUGUCGAGUUGUCUUUUCUCCUGCUCUGCUUGGUCAGAGUGAGAAGUGACCUCAUGCACCACGUUUUCUGCGCUGCUUGCUACGUCCGCUACCCCCUUGCAACAUACGAGCUUGAAACAAAAGGCUCAGGC